AUGACCUGGGAGCAAACAACAGAUGAGACAAUCACAGCUUCUACCACACAGCAAUGGAUAACCCUCAUCUGCAAUGACAGCGCCAGCAUCAGUCAAAGAGACCUAGAAAUCAUGAACUACAGACUUGACAAUAUUCUCUUUAUAGCGAUAGGUGUCAUAGUUUUCUGUGCCAUAGGAAUCCUCAUCAACUGUCUAUCAUUCUGUGCCGUGAAACGAAUCAAGCCAGUGAUGAAUUCAUACCACAUUUUACUCCUGAAUCUGACCAUAGCAGACCUUAUUUUGUACUGUAUCAUAUGCUUAAUGGCAUUAUUGACGGUCAUAGAAACAGCAGGGGCCAACAGAAUAGAACGUUUUAUAGAAAUAAUCAUCUGCAACCUGGCAUCAUCCUACUGCAUUAUAAACAUAUUGUUUGACAUUCCUAAAGUGGCAUUAUUCUCAUCCAUACUUACUAUAUUUGGACUUGUUCUGAACCUACACAUCGCCAUAGUUUAUCCUCUGCAGUACAGCACUGUAGUCACAAAACGCAGGAUGUACAUCUUUAACACAUUGUCAUGGCUGAUUUCCAUUAUACUCGGAGAAUUAGAAACGAUCGCUAGUCUGAUAGAGACUGCAAUCUCACCCAAUACAGAUCUGUGUUAUUUUGUCAAUGAAAAGAGGAUAACGAUGUACAUCUUGCCUGCAGUGGUCGGCACAGUGGGUUGCGUGACCUUGUUUCUCAACAUUCGGGUCCUGCAGGAGGUCACCAAAAGCUUAAAGAAUGUGCGACGAUUCUCUACACAAGAGGCUAAGCGAACUUCCAAUAAGCUGAAGCUAGCUAAGACAUGCAUUUGUCUUUUUACAACCUUUGUUGUUUUUUGGUGCCCUUAUGUUGUUGGGUCAAUUAUCAACAACAACAGUUUAGAUACUUUAGUAUUCCUUAUAAUUGCCUUCAUAAUACUUCUACUUAAUUCUGUCAUCAAUCCAUUUGUGUAUGGGUUGAGGCUGUCAGAAAUAAGACAAUCUCACAUGAGAAUCUAUAGAAAGAUGUGUCCUUGGUUUUGUGGUGAAAAGGAAACAAAAAAUGUCAUUCUGAGGGGUGAAAGGGACCGUGUCAGCAGUAUUAGGGCCAACAGAGAACAUGUCAGCAGUAUAAUGGAUGACAGGGACCAUGCCCAAAGUAUGAGAGACAACAGGGACCAUGUCAGCAGUGUAAGGGAUGACAGGGACCAUGCCAGCAGUAUGAGAGAUGACAGGGACCAUGCCAACAAUGUUAGGGAGGACAAGGACUGUGUCAGAAAUAUUAUGAAAAGAAAGGAACAUGUGAACCAAUCAUUUCAAGUAACACAGUUAUAG